GAGGAGUUGGUGAGGACAGACAUCUCAGUGCUCCUCACACCCAGCACCACAGCUCCCAGCGGCCAUGCCUCGCUACACCGUGCACGUGAGGAGCGAGUGGCUGACGGUGCCCUGCAAGGACACGUGUAGCACCGUGUUGUGGUUGGGCCGAGAGGCCUUGAGACGCUACGUGAAGAACAAGCCAGACAAUGGCGGGUUGGACUGUGUGGCUGACGUGACGUUCCUGAUGAGACGCUGUCAUGGACAGGGAUUGUUAGAUCCCGAUGAUGCCAUUGAGGACGUUCUGGAAGACAAUGAUUUUGUGGAAGUUGUUAUUGAGGGGGACGUUAUGCCUCCAGACUUCAUUCCAUCUCAGCCGGAGAGAGUCCAUCUAUACCACAAAUAUCGGGAGCCGGAGGAGAAUAUUUAUUUAGACGGAAACAAUCUCACCACAGAAGACCUGGUUUCUUUGGGAAGAGGACUUUACAAGAUCAAGUUGACUGAAGAAUCAGAGGAGAGGAUCAGACAGUCGAGACUGCUUCUGGAAAAUAUUGUGAAAGAAAAUAAAGUUGUUUAUGGAAUAACUACUGGCUUUGGUAAAUUUGCUCGAACUGUGAUCCCACACAAUAAGCUCAAGGAACUCCAGGAAAACCUUGUGCGUUCCCAUUCAGCUGGUGUUGGGAAGCCCUUGACUCCAGAUAGAUCUCGGAUGCUCCUUGCUUUGAGGAUCAAUGUUCUCGCUAAGGGAUACAGUGGGAUUUCUUUGGAAACCCUCCAGCAAAUGAUCCAGGCUUUUAAUGCUUCCUGUCUCUCAUACGUCCCAGAGAAGGGAACAGUUGGGGCCAGUGGAGAUCUGGCUCCCCUUUCUCACCUCGCCCUGGGGCUGAUGGGUGAAGGCAAAAUGUGGUCACCAAAAAGUGGAUGGGCAGACGCCAAAUAUGUUUUGCAAGCACAUGGCCUGAAGCCCAUUACACUGAAGCCUAAGGAGGGACUGGCUCUCAUUAAUGGGACACAGAUGAUCACGUCGCUGGGAGCUGAGGCUGUGGAGAGAGCGACUGCUAUAGCCAGACAGGCUGACAUUAUAGCAGCUCUUACACUGGAGGUUCUGAAAGGCACCACAAGAGCCUUUGACAGUGACAUUCAUGAAUUACGUCCUCACCCUGGCCAGGUGGAGGUAGCCUUUCGAUUUAGGUCACUGCUGGGUUCUGACCAUCAUCCCUCUGAAAUAGCAGAAAGCCACAGGUUCUGUGAUCGUGUCCAGGAUGCAUAUACUCUACGAUGUUGCCCUCAGGUACAUGGGGUGGUGAAUGACACUAUUGCUUUUGUGAAAAACAUCAUUCAGACUGAAAUUAACAGUGCUACAGAUAACCCUAUGGUGUUUGCAGAAAGAGGAGAGACCAUUUCUGGGGGAAACUUUCACGGAGAAUAUCCCGCAAAAGCCCUCGACUACCUGGCUAUUGGUGUUCAUGAACUGGCCGCGAUCAGUGAGAGGAGAAUCGAGAGGCUGUGUAACCCUUCUCUCAGUGAAUUGCCAGCCUUCCUGGUCAAUGAAGGAGGGUUGAACUCUGGUUUUAUGAUUGCUCAUUGUUCAGCAGCUGCUUUAGUGUCUGAGAACAAGGUUCUGUGCCACCCGUCAUCAGUUGACUCCCUGUCCACCAGUGCAGCCACUGAGGAUCAUGUCUCUAUGGGGGGCUGGGCUGCCAGGAAAGCCUUGAGGGUCAUAGAGCACGUGGAGCAAGUGCUUAGCAUUGAGCUCCUCGCAGCCUGCCAAGGGAUAGAAUUUCUCCGUCCUCUCAAGACAACAACUCCACUGGAGAAGGUCUAUGAUCUUGUGCGUACGGUGGUCAGACCUUGGAUUAAAGAUCGUUUCAUGGCGCCCGACAUUGAAGUUGUCCACAGGAUGCUGGUGGAACAGAAGGUCUGGCAAGUGGCACAUCCUUACAUAGAGAAGUACAGAACAGCCAACGUACCAGAAACGAGAUCGGUUUCCCCCACUGCCUUUUCACUGGACUCUCUAGAGCCUUCAUGCAAGCGAGCUCGUAAAGAAUAAGCUUUGUGCUUGACAGAGUUACAUAUCUAAGUGUACCAUAGCAGAAAGCUAUCUCUUAUGUAGCGUACCAUCAUCUUAUAACAGUGUACAACUCAAUCUGUGAAUGUAGAGUUUAUAAGUGGGUUUCAGUGAUACUUGAAUUAUUUGAUAAAUUGUGGAGAUUUCAUCUUGGAUAUAUGCCAUUUUACUGGGUGUCUGGAAAUUUAUUGCAAUGGACCUUAGUUUGUAAAUGGGACACUUUGGUGUGUGAGAGAGAGAGAAAGAGAGCGAAAGAUCACAAGACUGGUUUGGAUGAAAAAGGUAAUCAGAAGAUGUUUAGGCCAGAAUAUACAAUGAGUUUGGAUUACAAUGUAGUGAGGGUGUAGGAAUGACACAUGCCAACAGUAUAGGUAAAGGGAGACAACAUAAAAUAUAAGAACUUGCUAGAUGAAAGACCAAGGUCCAUCCAGUUCACCUUCCACCAUCCUGGCA